AUGGGAAAAGAUUCUUCAGUCUUUGAAGGUCAAGUCUGGGUUCCAGACAAAGAGGAGACUUUCAAGAAGGGUACAAUAAUCGAAUCCAUUGAUAAAGGUAAGAGAUGCAAGGUUCAAUUGGAUGAUUCCAGUAAAACAGAGAUCUUUGAUACUGAACAAGUUCAGAAGUGCAAUCCGAAGAGCUUUGAGAAGUGCGAUGAUAUGGCUUCUUUGACCUUUUUGAACGAGCCUUCUGUCGUCAACAACUUGAACUUGAGAUAUACGGAUGACAAUAUCUACACCUAUUCCGGCCUUUUCCUAGUUGCUGUCAAUCCUUACAAGGAAAUCAAUAUUUACAACAAUGAUUUCAUUCAAAUGUAUAAAGAAUCUCGUCAAAAGCUCAUUACUCGGUACCGUUCUCAAUCUACUGAUACCAAUUCCGCAAUUAGUUUGAGAAACAUUGUUAAGCCUCAUAUCUUUGCCAUAUCUGAAGAAGCUUAUCAACAUCUUCUCAGAGAUGGUCAAGAUCAAAGUAUCCUAGUUACGGGUGAAUCUGGUGCCGGUAAAACAGAAAACACAAAGAAGGUCAUUCAAUACAUUCUUAGUGUUUCAACUAGUGAGAAGAAUAAAGAUGCUGCUCACAAGCUUGAAAGCCAGAUCAUGCUUGCCAACCCGAUCUUGGAAAGUUUUGGUAAUGCCACCACCGUAAGAAACUUGAAUUCUUCAAGAUUUGGCAAGUUUGUCAAGAUCAACGUCCUUCCUGCAACAAAAGAGUUGACAGGCGCUCAUAUCGACUGGUAUUUGCUUGAGAAAUCUCGUGUGGUCAUGCAGAAUGAAAACGAGAGGAACUACCACGUCUUUUACGAACUUCUUAAAGGUGCAUCUGCAGAUAUGUUGAAGGAAUUGCAGCUUUCUCGUUCAAUCAAUAAGUAUUCUUAUCUUCAUAACGAAAAGGUUGGUAGUAUCAACGAUAAAGCCGAGUUUGACAAUUUGGAAGAGGCCUUUGGUAUCAUGAACUUUGACAUCGACGACAAGCUUAAUAUCUACAGGAUUUUGGCUGUCAUCUUACAUUUCGGUAAUAUCACUUUCCGCAAUCCUAAGAAUGAUACCAGACAGGCCAUUCUCUCCGAAUCUUCUGCCUCCAUCAUCGAGACGGUGUCUAAGCUUCUUUCUGUUCCUUCACAAAAACUAAGAAAUGCCAUCGUAACUUCGAAGGCCAAAGCUGGUCGUGAGAUCAUCACACAGCACAGAACCGCUUCGCAGGCCAAAUUCACAAUUGAUGCACUAGCAAAGUCUUUGUACGAGCGUCUUUUCCAGUACUUGGUUGACAAGAUCAACGAGAACUUUGAUUCUAACACUGUUUUCGCUAUGCAGAAAUCCAACUAUAUCGGUAUUUUGGAUAUUGCUGGUUUUGAAAUCUUUAAGAAGAACUCUUUCGAGCAGCUCUGCAUCAACUAUACCAACGAGAAGCUUCAACAGUUUUUCAACCACCACAUGUUUGUAUUAGAACAGAGCGAAUAUCUGAAAGAAGGUAUCAGCUGGCAAUACAUUGAUUUCGGCCAUGAACUAAAACCCACCAUUGAGCUUAUCGAAGGUAAUGGCCAGAAGAGUAAAUGCAGUAUUUUCUCGAUUCUUGACGAAGAGUGUGUUGUUCCCAAGGGAACGGAUCGGUCUUUCUUGGACAAACUAUUUGGUCAAUUGGAAACCAGGGACAAAAAAGCUGAUAGAACGAAGCUUUGCUUCAAGCCUAAUAAGGUGAGAGAUGGAUUUGUAGUGAAACAUUACGCUGGUGAAGUUAAGUACUCCAUUGACGGAUGGCUUGACAGGAACAAAGAUCCAUUGAGCAGCACCCUCGUUGAACUGCUCUCCGGGUCUAAAAGUCUGUUUGUUGCUGAUAUGUUUGAGUGUCAAAAGCAGGAAAUGUCGAAUCUUACGAAUUCACCAGUGAAAGGUGGAAAGAGAAGACUGGGAAGAUUCAGAACCGUUGCGCAGCGUCAUAAGGAGCAAUUGGACGACUUGAUGCAGCAGUUAACACAAACUCAUCCACAUUUUGUUCGUUGCAUAUUACCUAACAACCAGAAAGCGCCAGGGAGGUUUAACAACGAGCUUGUCUUAGCCCAAUUGAGAUGUAACGGUGUCCUCGAAGGCAUCAGAAUUGCACGUUCCGGAUAUCCAAACAGAAUCAGCUUUGAGAAGUUUGCUAAACACUAUGCUAUCUUGGCCAAGAAUUCCUCAGAUGGGUCUGAAAAUUACAAGCACACUUGUGAAUUAAUCUUGAAAGAUUUGGACUUGGACUCGGAGGUAUUUAAGGUGGGUCUCACCAAGCUAUUCUUUAGAAAUGGUGUGUUAGCCUCUUUAGAGAAGGUGAUGCAAAACAAACUUGCAGAGAUUAUGACUCAAUUCAAAGCUCUAUUGCAUGGAAUGCUAGCCAGAAACAAAUUGAGAAAGAAGAUUGCAGAAUACAGAGCUUCUAAAGUCAUCAUUCAGAACUUCAAGAACUAUAGUAAGUUGUCCGACGAUCCUUGGUUCAAAUUGGUUUCUCAAUUGAAACCAACAUUACUUGAUUCUAGUGCCAUGGAGACUCAAUACAUUGACAGAAUUCAAGAGCUCGAAGGCAAGAUCACUGAACUUACAACAACGGUUGAGAGUACAAUGAGUGCCAGAAAGGACCUUCAGAGUAAGUACAAUUCUUUAGAAAGCUCAAUCUCCGGAGAGCGCCAACUAUUAACUGAUAAGGAUAGAAAGUUGGAGGAAAACCAGAAAAGAAUUGUCGCAUUAGAGAAGGAGAUGCAGGAAAAGUCUGAGAAUUUGGAUAGGCUUGGUGAAGAGAAGAUCUCUGCCACUCUAUUGCAGUCGGAGAAGAAGAAAUUGGAUGUGGAAGUUGCCAAACUCUCUAGCCUGUCUGAAGAACAAGUCAAGGCUAAGGAAAGUUUGAAGGAAGAGAUCAAGGUGUUGAAAUCAUGCGUAGAUACCAAAGAAAAGGAGAUUGCGGAGAUUAAGAAUAAGUUGGAUACAAACAACACUGCUUUGCAUAGGUCUUUAAAGGAGACGGAUUCACGUUUACGAGAACUCACGGUAGAGAACAUGAAUCUCAAGAGAUCCAUAGAGACAAAGGAGGCUUCAGUUGCAGAGUACAAAUCUCUUGUUAGAAAGAAAGGAGGAGAACUUUCCAAAGCGAAGUUAGAACUGGACGAAGCUCAAGCUGCCAGUAGGAGGACUGAGAUUGAUGCAUCCACUGUUCAGGAGUUACGAGAGUUAAAAGUCAAGUACAAGCAGAUGAAACAUGACUUCAUUGAAGUGAAGACUUUACUUCAAAGUAAGAUAAAAGAUGAAAUUGAUUUUGAUAAAGGAAGACAGAAGUAUGACAAGGAUGUUUCUACCCUUAGGGAGCAGCUAAAUGGCUUGAAUCAGGAACUUCAAUUAGAGAAAAAGAUGUCCACAGAACUUCAUUCACAACUACAAGAAGCAAAGACCGACAAUGAGAAGUUAUUGAUGGUCAAGAAGCAUACAGACGUUCGUAUAGCGGAGCUGAAUUUCAAGCUCUCACGAACACCAAACAGUGAAAAUAUAACUUUCUCAGGCGAUCAUAAGAAGCUGCAGGAUGAAAUGGAGAUGCUUCAGACAAGGCUAGCCGCCGAAUCUUAUGAGAAUAGGCAGUUACGUGUUCGUCUACGGAAAGUUGGGGCUGAUACAGGAAGUGUAAGCGAUUCACCUCUUACGCAGAGUCCAAGAUUGUCUGUGAGUGCGCAGGCUUCUAGUGGGGCUGAAAUUAGUUCAAAUUCUAGUAUAACAAACGAGCUUUUAUUGGAGAGGGCCGCCAAUAAGAGGCUUGAAAGGCUAAAUGUUGAACUUCAGAAACAAUUAUUGAAGCAAAAGAAUAACUCCAGGGAGAUUCACGGAAUGGAGCCUAUUGAGAAUGAUUAUAAGAUAAAGUAUCAGUUAGCCCAAAUGCAUAUUGACAACCUCCAGGAUAGAAUGAAGCAGUUCAAGUCUGAACCACUAUCAGGAUCACCAUUGCAAGAUAGUACGAAUAGCGUCAAGAACCUUGACAACAUUAAAGAUGUGUUCGAUCCUAUGAACAAGGAAUCUCUACUGAUGAGGCAAGAGAACUUGAAGUUAAGUUCAAGGUUGAAUGAGACGCAAACCAAAUUGAAAAGGCUUCAAAUGACAAGUAACUCUGCAUUUGUUCAGCAAGAAGAUAUGGCCAAAUUAAGAACGAGGCUGAAGAUCAUUGGAAACAAGAACAUGUCUUUACAGGAAUCUGUGGAUUUCUACAAGACCAGGGCUGAAAACUAUUACGGUAAGAUUGAAAAUGCCGAGGUUGCUGUUCAAAGCGCACAGAGAGCCAGAGAUAUGGUGAUGGAAGAGUUGAGCCAGAUUAAGGAGCAGUUGGAAAAAGCACAGAAUGAGUUUAAGGUGUCGGAUAUGACGGCAGCCAGACUCAACGCACAAAUGAGAGAGACAGAAAGGAACUUGUCAGACAAAGUGUUUGAAUUAAAAAAGUUGCAAGAAGCAUACAACAGCUUGAAAGAGAAGUUUGAGAAUUCGGAAGAGUUGAGAACUUCUACGUCAUCGUUCAAGAAUCAAUCUCGAGACAAAGAAUUAAAGACUCUUAGUGAGGAUUUGUUGAAGUCGAUGAAUAAGGAGACGGAGUUGAGUAAGCGAAUCAAGAAUGUGACAAUUCAGAUGGAGGUUUCCAAAAGAGAGUCACAAUCUUUAAAGUUCAGCAAAGUUGAAUUGAACAAAGAAAAAGACCGGUUGACAAGAUUAUUGAACGAGACAGUUGAGAAAAGGAAUUUUGUUGAAACUGAAAAUAAAGAGUUCUCUAUGAAGGUGAACAACUUGACUUCUCAGGUAAUGACAUUGAAGACGACGAACGACGAUCUCGUGAAAGAAAGAGAUGACUUACUUGAAUCGAAGAGAUCUUUGGAGAAGAAGGUUGCCGAGAUCUCGAAAGAAUUUGAGAACCAUUUGGUUAAGGUGAAGAUGAAUGCAUCAAAUGCAGUUAACGUGGUUCAACUUUCCGGUCAGUUGAAAGAUUCGAAGAAGAGUAUCGAUGAUUUGAAUCGACAACUAAUAUCCUACAAAAAUCGGGUGGAAGAUAGCGACACAUCAGCGAAGAAGAUGAGAGACGAAGCUCUUAUGGUUAUUGAAGAGAACAAGGCAUUGAUGAAGUACAAUAUGGGAUUAAAGUCGAAUAUUGAAGAAUUGCAAUUGAAGUACGAGGAAGAGAUGCAUUCUCAGGAAGAUCAUUGGACCAAAAGAGUUCAAAAGCUCGAAGAUAAGCUCUAUAUGAGCAACGCUACUAAGAGAGACGAUGAGCAGAAUGUGUACAACCUAAAGAGAAGCAUCGAGGAUUUGCAGCAGCAUAAAGAGAUGCAAGAAACAUCUAUUAAGAGAUACACGGAACAACUGGAUUAUCUUCAGAAGACAGUGAACCGAAUGGAUGGGAAGAUAUCAGACCUUCAGAAGAAAGAUGUAGAAAGCGUGUUGAGACUCAAGAAAGCACAGAGAGAAGCUCAGGAUUCUAAGGAAAGAGCCCUUACUCUCGAAAAAGAGCUAAUGGAAUGGCGUACCAAUGGAGUGGCUGUGUAA